AUGGAUUCACCUAAAGGACCGAACAGUGUUCUAAAGUUGGUUACAUCAAGGAAAUCAAAGACUCACCAAUUGUCAUCCAAAGACAAGAAAUACCUCCAACUGGUGGAAAAAGCCCUUGGAUCAUUUGACGCACUUGAGGAGUGGGCGGAUUACAUUGCAUUUCUUUCUAGAUUACAAAAAUCACUUCAAUUCACCCCAGAUCCAAGUGUACAAGAGCAAUAUUAUGUUCCUUUAUCACUGCAGGUUUCCAAUAAGUUGUCAUUAUGUUUAUCCUCGAGACUUCCCAGUGGUGUUCACCAAAAGGCAUUGAGCAUUUACGAGUUUAUCUUUGAAAAUUUGCCCAUUGAAACUUUGAAUGAAGAUAUUAGUGUUUGGUUACCAGGGUUAUUGCCAUUAUUUUCUUAUUCAUCCAUUCUGAUCAAGCCUCAGCAAAUUAGAAUUUUCAAAGAUCAUAUCGUGGCAAAAUUAGACGUUGACCAUUUAAGAAACAUAUCCAAACCGUUCAUACUAAGCUUACUUUCUGGUUUAGACGAUGAAAAUUCAGAAGCUUUUAAUGACAUUUUGCAAUUGACAGAGGAAUUUAAAGAGAAGUUAAAUAAUGAUUCCCAUUUCUGGCAAAGUAUGUUUCUUUGUAUAAUUAGCAACCCUGAACGCAGACUUGGUGCUUUACAUUGGUGUAACAGGAAUCUUCCUAGAUUUACUGAAAGCAAAGGAAAUCACGAACUCUCUGAAGAAGCAAAAAUGUGCUUGAAACCGGAACCAGGGCUUCUUAUUCGAGCAUUUGCAGUUACCAUAAACCCUCCAGUUACAAUCGAUUCAGCAAGUGAUAUAAUAGUCGUGAGAGGAUUUUUUGAUUUGCUUCUUUCGCAUAUACCAUUGGAAAGCAGUAUAUUUGAUUCACAGGUAUAUCCAAAGGAUAAAGAAAUGCUUCUCAUGUCUUGUUGCCGAGUGACUUUGAAAAAGGACAUGAGUUUGAACCGAAGGCUUUGGAAUUAUCUUCUUGGUCCAGAUACAGAAGGUGAUCAUCAAAAACGAAUCCCAAGAACAGAAUAUUUCGCCAAAUAUGCAUUGGAAACAUUAUCCUCGGGACUUUUGAAAAUGGUUGAAUCUGAUUCUACAAAAUCCAAGAUUGAAGCUUUUAAGAUAUCCUUGUCAAUAAUCAUGGAUAAAUGGGAGAUUAGCACAGUUAUCACACCAAGAUUAUUUUCAAGGUUUUUGAACAUUGCAUUUGAGAAUAAGGAAAGCAAAGAUUUGAUGGUAUCUGCGCUGUCUUUUUUCGAUGGUAUUGAAUCAACAUAUAUAUGGAACGACAUUUUACAAUUAGUUGCAGAAGAAGAUGAAUCAAAAUUAGAAAUUCUUGAUUUUGUGUUGAAAGAAUUCAAUUUCAACGAGGAAGAAAUGAUCACUUUACAUGCACCAUUGGCAAUAAUAUGUCUUCUUGGAAAACUGGAUAUCAAUGUAAAGAGAUUGGAAAUAUUAGACACGCUUUUUAAUUUGGUUCCAGCUAGAGCAUACGGGAUUGCAGAUCAAAAGGUCAAUGAUACCUAUAUCGAUAUUGUGAGCAAGAUAAAAGGAUUUUAUCGUGGAAGGCUCAACAAUGACAAUCCACAAGUUCCCUUUUCAGCCAACGAGGUUUCAUUUUUGGUCAUUGAUAUGUUGCAGAAGAAGUUUAUUCAAUACAUGCUGAAUACUGCUUAUUGUUUUAAAAUUAGUAACUUACUUGUUCAGAUGUUGAAUAUUGUACCUCGUGAUGAGACCAGCCUUGAAUUAGAUUCGGAACUUGUUAAUAAGAUGCUAGAACUUCAAGUGCCAGAAUAUAUCGAAGAGAGCGACCGUAAUCAAGAAGGACUUCUCAUUAGUUAUGCAAUUGCAAAAUCGUUUGGUAACAUAUCUAAAUCAAUGUCGGAUGCACAGAAAGAAAAGACACUAAAGGCGAUUAUUUCGAAUUUAUGGACUUCAAUUUACUCUUCAGAACCAGCAAACUACCAAGUGGAAGCUGUGAAGACAAUAUAUGAAAUGGGAACUAGUUACCCGUUUCACAGUAUUGAAGCCGGUGUAGUGGAAUUGUUUUUAAAGUUACCAAUUAAUAAGAGAAUAACGGCAUUGGAGACGUUAUGGACCCAUUCAGCUUCAGUUAAUGAUGGAGAUACGAUCUUGGAAAGACCACUUCAGAUUUUGCUUGAUGAUAUUUCGGAAACCGACAAAAAGUCUAAUUUAGGAAUUCAUGACUUCCUUAGAAGAAUAAUCAAGAAUGGAGGAGCCAACAGAUUAUUGAAAUUGCUCAGUAAUCCAAUUUUAAAUUUUACAUUUAUGCAUGGGGAAAGAAAGACAUUGACAAUUGAUGAUGAUUUGGGCCAGUUUGCUUACUAUUUAGGAUUAAUUAUCAAGGUGAUUGAGUCUAAUACGAAGUUAUUGAGGGAAAGUUGCAGCAAUGAAUUUGCAGCAAUGGAUAACAGUAAUAAGUUGAAUUUGCUUAGAUCAAAUGAAUGGGACAUUUCUACUUACAAGAGUCUAUUUUUGAGUAUUAUCGAAAAGUUCUUUCAUUUGAAAUUGACUGAUGAAGUUCUCAAUGAUGAGUACCUGUUGGAUAAUUACUACUCAAGCAUGGAGCAUUGCUUGAAAAUUCUUACUUUAUUAGUCACUGGUAACGAGAAAAGUUUUAAUGAAUUGUUCAAUUUACUCAUUGGUACUUGUACGGUAUAUUUGGGUUUAAAUGUUGCUUCCUACACUAUUGAAUUAGUUGAAUCGCAAUUUUUGAAAUGCUUAUUCCAUUUCUUAGAACUUGCCCAGGAACUUCAUUUACCAUUAAAUUUAUUGAAUGUUGAAGAAGAGAAGAAUGAACCGGUUUUGGUGACUUUCCUCAUCCAAGGUAUUACCAACUCCAAGACCUCGAUAUUAUUAGAAAAUUGGAUUACCUUGCUCACAAGAUCACUUUAUUUACUUGGUGAUUCAAUAUUUAAUGUAAUUAUUACUUUGAACAGGACCAUUAUUGCAAAGUUGGAAGGAAUAUUCAAAAACUUCUCCUCAUUUGAGAAAUUUUCUGAAUUGGAGGAUCUUAAUUCAUGUGUCAAUAUCUUGGUGACAGGAUUGGAGGAUUUGUUAUCAAUCACUCAUAGCUACUUGCUAACUUCAUCGAUUAGGUCAAAUGCAGAAAAAGGACCAUCAGGAGCGGCAGAAAAUGGGUUUUUAAAUAAUAUGAUACUGGGGGUAUUUCAAAUUGAAUCUCCUGAACUUAGAACAACAGAGCAAAAUAAGCGUUAUUCGAUCAUCUUAUGCUUCCAAGAGGCUUUGAGAGCUGGCUUUCACAUUUGGUACUGGUGUGAUUCGAGACCAAAAGUUCCAGAUGGUGCAAAAUAUUAUUCAGAUAGAUCAUUAACUUAUAUUUCCCAUAAGCUUAAAUUUAGAGCCAAGAAACUUUUAGAAGCUUUAAUUGAACUUGAAAGACAAGAAGUAAUUGAAUCCUUGAUAGAUUUAAAUGGCGCAUCCCCAGGAGCACUCAAGCUUUUAAAUAUUUUGGAUGGUGGAAGAUCUCAAGUCACAUUGCCACACUUGUUCAACUCCAUCAUUAGCAGAUGCUAUCCUCAAAUGUUAGACCAAGCGCAGAGAUCAUCCAUGUAUACGCAGAUUCCAACAACAGAACUUUCCAGUUUCUUAUUGUCCUUCUUUGAUGCCAUUGAUAAUGAUACCGUGAUUGACGUUUGGAAUUUAUCCAUAAAUUUCUUCAAGAAUAUUUUAUUGCAUCCUGGAAGUUUCAAAGAUGUAUAUCCCGACAGUUUACGUAUUUGCAAGGUAUUAUCGAUGAAGUUAAAGUCAUCAAAAGUUCGGGAUCAAAAGAAUAGAAAGGAAUUGGCUGAUGUAUUUACGCGUUUGUUCCAGAAUGCAGUAACAAAAGCCCAUUCAGAUCCACGAGAAGAAAUCGAACUUGAAUCCAAAAAAGAUUCUAGUAGCGUGCAAAGUUCUACGGUUCAACAAGAGGAUGUAAUUGAGGCAAUUACAGAAAUUAUACCAUUCUUAGAUGAAAUUUGUCAAGAUACAGAUAAGGUUACCCAAUCCUUGAAUACAUUGAUCAACAGUUUCAUUCUUCCCCAAAUAAAGCUGAAAAAGAUUCCAAAUAUCAAUUUACGAGUUCUUGGCUUAUUGGAAAUUGUUGGCAAACACCACCCAAACAAAACUUGGAAGACGUUAGUUUUAGAUUUAUUUAUGGACAACAGCUUCUUUCAGACUGAUUUUGAUAAACUCACUAUAUGGAAUUCAAUAUUGGGGGCCUGGAUCACAAAUGAUCGAGAAAAACUUGGAGAUAUGAUUUCAAGAAUUACUACAUCUUCUGGACUGUCACCUAGUAACCUAUUUGUUUGGAAUGAGGCUUCCGAGCUUGAAGCAAAGGUAUUUAUAUUAAAAAGGAUCUCAUACCUUAUUUUAAUCCAACCAAUUGAUUUCUUCCUUAACUUUUUAGAUUCAAUUUUUGACAAGAUCGAAGCCUUAUUAAGUGGAAACUGUCCUGAGAUCAUUCGAGCUGAAAUUUCCGUCCUAUUCCGCGCAAUAGUUUUAAAGUUUAAUGAAUUGCAUUUGUUACCAAGAUGGGCAACUGUAAGCCAUGAACUUUUAUCAAUCUUUGAAUCCAUUGAAGAAAAACUGACAAAAGAACUUCAUGCUUUAUCUAAAGAGAGCUUAAAACUCAUUUUGAAUGGCUGUAAACUCUUGGAUCAGUUGUUACUUUGCAGCUAUGAUGAGUUCAAUUUAAACGAGUGGCUUUUCAUUAGUACCGAUACGGAAUUUUUCAAUGGACCACUUGACAACCCUACUGGCUCAAUUAUUGAUCAAAUUUCAAGAAAACACGAUCUUACAUAUUUAAAGGAUCUGCCACUAUCAUUAGAACAACCGCAAGAUAAUUUACAUCCGUUGUUGGAAGGGGUGAGAGAAAUCGAUCUGAUUACCAAGUUGAGAUUAUUUUUUGAUUCUUUGAGCUUAAUUCAAUAUGAAAGAACAUAUGGUUUAUUUAAUGUUGAAAUAGACUCUUGCAUAGCAGAUGUAUUAGGAGACUUGAUGAAUCCGGUAGAUUAAGAAAACUCUUGUGGGUAUUUUUUUUUCCUUACGCGUCUUUAAAUUUACGAUCUUUUUUUUUUUAAAAAAAAAAAUAAAAU